UUGAGCAGUUCUCCCUGAGAAGCCGAUGCGAUCGGUUGAGACGUCGGUGGUGCCCUUUAUAUAUGUAAGUCGCUUAGUUCCAGAGUCUGUGUAUGUAUAUGACACAAAACCGGCAAAGUGUUUGUUGUGAAAAUAGAGUAAUUGGAUGCAAACUCGCUAAACGUAAAUAAAGAAAACUGCAAUGUCUGCAAAGACUUCUGUGUGGCUUGCCAUCUUUUGCGCCCUUGGCUGUCUAAUUCACGAUGCCGAUCUGCGGAAUAUUCAGCAAAAGGCCUCCCAGUGCGGCUAUCAGAGUUGCCAUCCAACAAAGCCGAAUAUGCUGAAUGUGCAUCUUGUAGCACACACACACGAUGACGUCGGAUGGCUGAAAACCGUUGACCAAUAUUACUAUGGCAGCGAGACGAGGAUUCAGAAGGCUGGAGUGCAAUAUAUAAUCGAUUCGGUUGUGGAGGCCCUGUUGAGAGAUCCCGAGAAACGAUUCAUAUAUGUCGAAUCUGCCUUUUUCUUCAAAUGGUGGAAGGAGCAGACCGCCAAAGUCCAAGAUGCUGUAAAAAUGUUGGUCGAACAGGGCAGACUCGAGUUCAUUGGCGGCGCUUGGAGCAUGAAUGAUGAGGCGACAACGCACUACCAAAGUGUGAUUGAUCAGUUUUCGUGGGGCUUAAGACUUUUGAAUGACACCUUUGGAGAGUGUGGACGUCCGCGGGUUGGAUGGCAAAUAGAUCCAUUCGGUCACUCCAGGGAAAUGGCUUCCAUGUUCGCGCAGAUGGGCUUCGAUGGAAUGUUUUUCGGACGACUGGACUACCAAGAUAAGGACGAACGUCUAAUGACCAAAAAUGCGGAAAUGAUAUGGCACGGUUCGGCAAAUCUUGGAGAGGAAGCGGAUCUGUUUACUGGCGCCCUUUACAACAACUACCAGGCACCAGAUGGAUUCUGUUUCGAUAUUUUAUGCAGCGAUGCCCCCAUAAUUGAUGGCAAACACAGCCCCGAUAACAAUGUUAAAGAGCGCAUCGAUACGUUUUUGGAUUUCGCCAAGACCCAAUCCCAAUACUACCGCACCAACAAUAUCAUUAUCACAAUGGGUGGGGAUUUCACCUACCAGGCUGCCCAAGUCUAUUAUAAGAACCUCGACAAGUUGAUACGGUAUGCCAAUCAGCGUCAGGCGAAUGGUUCGAACAUAAACCUGCUCUACUCGACACCAUCGUGCUAUCUGAAAUCGCUGCACGAUGCCGGUAUAACUUGGCCCGAAAAGAGCGAUGACUUCUUUCCCUAUGCAUCCGAUCCCCAUGCCUACUGGACCGGAUAUUUCACAUCGCGGCCAACUCUGAAGCGUUACGAACGGGAUGGUAACCAUUUUCUGCAAGUUUGCAAGCAAUUGAGUGCUCUGGCCCCCAAAAAAUCGGUGGAAUUUGAUCCCCAUCUGAACUUCAUGCGCGAAACGCUCGGAAUAAUGCAGCACCAUGAUGCCAUAACGGGAACGGAAAAGGAAAAGGUGGCCUUGGACUAUGCCAAGCGGAUGAGCGUUGCCUUCAGGGCCUGUGGUGCCACCACUCGCAAUGUGUUGAAUCAACUGACGGUGCAGUCCAGGGAAAAUGUCAAAGAUAAAUCAGCCAAAUAUGUCUUUGACUUCAAGACCUGUCCCUUGCUGAACAUCACUUCGUGUCCCGUUUCCGAGACGAAUGAUAGAUUUGCGCUCACCCUUUACAAUCCUCUGGCCCAUACUGUCAGUGAAUAUGUGAGAAUACCAGUGGCCGAUCCGAAUUACAAAAUCAUCGAUAAUAAGGGUGUGAUUUUGGAUACCCAGGCUGUGCCCAUUCCCAAAGUAGUAAUCGACAUAAAGCACAGAAAUUCGACUGCCAAAUACGAACUUGUUUUCCUAGCCACCAAUAUUCCGCCCGUAGGAUAUCGCACUUAUUAUAUAGAAAAAUUGGAAAGUACUGAAGGUAAUGGUAAGACAACAAGAGCUUUGCCGAAGAGAACUUCAAGUGUGACAGUCAUAGGAAAUAGUCACAUUAAACUAGGCUUCGACACCAAUGGAUUCCUUUCGGAGGUAACAUCCGACGGUCUAACCAGAUUGGUUAGUCAAGAGUUUUUGUUCUACGAAGGCGCAGUGGGAAACAAUGCUGAGUUCCUCAAUCGAUCAUCCGGGGCUUACAUCUUCCGACCAAAUGAGAACAAGAUUCACUUUGCCGCCGAUCAAGUGGAAAUCGAAGUCUACAAGGGCGACUUGGUUCAGGAAGUGCAUCAGAAGUUCAACGAUUGGAUUAGCCAGGUGGUACGAGUUUACAACAAGGACUCUUUUGCUGAGUUCGAGUGGUUGGUUGGACCCAUUCCCAUUGACGAUGGCAUUGGCAAGGAAGUGAUUACUCGCUUUAACUCUGACAUCGGAUCAGAGGGCAUAUUCCGCACCGAUUCAAAUGGUCGAGAAAUGAUUAAGAGAAAACUCAAUCACCGUGAUACGUGGAGUGUCAAGAUCAACGAGGAAGUGGCCGGCAAUUACUACCCCAUUACGACUAAAAUAGAUCUGGAGGAUGAAACAGCACGCAUGGCUAUCCUUACGGACAGAGCUCAGGGGGGCAGCUCCUUGAAGGUUGGAUCCUUGGAACUGAUGGUCCAUCGCCGCCUGUUGCGCGACGAUGCCUUCGGAGUGGGCGAGGCUCUGAACGAAACUGAAUUCGGGCAUGGACUGAUUGCCCGGGGAAAGCACCAUCUCUUCUUCGGGCGGUCCACUGACCGCGAAGGUGUUUCCCUGAAGGCACUUGAGCGACUGACCCAGCUGGAGAAACUGCUGCCCACAUGGAAAUUCUUUAGCAACAUGGAGGCCUACAGUGCCGAGGAAUGGCAGACAUCCUUUACAAAUACUUUCACUGGGAUUUCAUUGGUUUUGCCAAAACCCGUAAACCUUCUUACCUUGGAGCCUUGGCACGAGAACCAACUUCUGGUGCGAUUUGAACAUAUAAUGGAGAACGGAGAGGAUCCAUCGUACUCCAAGCCGGUACAAUUCAAUGUUAGGAACGUCCUUAGUGCUUUCGAUGUGGAAGGCAUCCGGGAAACGACUCUGGAUGGAAAUGCCUGGUUGGAUGAAACUCGACGAUUCCAAUUUGCUCCCGAUCCCGAAGAAGCCGCAUUUAACACAUACGGAUCAUUUUCGCAACCCGCUGAGUCUGUGCACCUAUUGAGUCCCGUGAAACCCAUGUUGGGUGUUAAAUAUGCCGAGGAAGCUUUGCCAGCCGGACAAUUGGGUGCCCAGAGUAACCGAGUUAAGCGCGAAACGAACUCCAAACAAAUUAACACUGAUGAGGGACGAUCAUCCAAGUCGACGGAUGGAGCAUACAAUUCCUUCAAGGCAGACAGUGAUAGUCAAGACUACAUUAUUGAACUUAGCCCGAUGGAGAUCCGAACUUUCAUUGUGUACUUGAAAUCAGCUUAAAGUUCUUAUUUACGUAAAACAACAAACAAUGUGUUUAAUAAAAUUAAAUAUUCUUUAAA